GACUACAAUGACUUUGACUGGUUUAACUUCGGGACUCUCGGGUUCUGGUUUCCCUGGUCUCUGGUCCUGCUGGUCGUCGCUGCUGCUCUCUUCACGUACGUCGCCCUGUUACUGGUGCUGGCGGUGUGUCUGCUGUCUGAGGGUCAGAGGUUGUACCUUCACUGGAGCCACAAGAUGGGCAUCGUGGUGACCCUGGUGUUCUCCGUCACAGCCACCGGCAUCAUGUCUGACCUCUGGAGCAAAGAGUGGAAAACACUCCUCCUCUCCCUGCAGGUGACGGCACCUUUCCUCAACCUGGCUGCCGUCUCCCUCAUGGCAAUCCUCUCCUGGCCCGUCGCUUUGCACUUUUUCCGCAUGAACAAGAAAGUGCGCCAGGUUGCAAUUCUGGGUCUGUUCCUGUCCGUGCUGUUCUCCCUCUACCUGGUUCCUCUGGGGAUGUACUCGCCUUGCAUCAAAGAAGCCGGAACGCUCGGACCUGCGCCGAAACUCAUCGGACACAGAGGAGCUCCGAUGCUCGCUCCAGAAAAUACAGUGAUGUCAUUUGAAAAAGCUGUUGAAGCUGGAGGAGAAGGGCUGGAGACAGAUGUCACCAUCAGCUACGACGGCGUUCCCUUCCUGAUGCACGACUCCACUCUGAGGAGGACCACCGACGUGGCCGAGGUGUUCCCCAAUCGAACGCACCUGGACGCCUCCAUGUUCACCUGGGCCGAGCUGCAGCAGCUGAACGCUGGGAAAUGGUUCUUAUUGAGGGAUCCGUUUGGUACUGCAUCAUCCCUCUCUGAGGUGGACCGCUCCAAGGCCCAGAACCAGUCCGUCCCUUCGCUGGCCCAGUUUCUGGAGGUUGCAGCUCGAAGCGGGAAACUGGUGCUGUUUGACCUUCGUAGGCCACCGUACGGACAUCCAUACAGCCAGUCGUACAUCAACACCACUCUGCAGGUCGUACAGGAUUACAUCAACUCCUCACAGGUGCUGUGGCUGCCCUCUGAGGACAGAGACCUGGUCCACGCUGCAGAUCCAGAGCUGCAGCAGACAUCUGGACAAAAAGCCUCCAUUCAGGAGCUGAUGGACGAUCACAUCAGCAGGCUGAAUUUACACUACAGCAAGAUGUCACAGCAGCAGAUCAGUAAAUACGAGUCGGUGAACAUCACCACUAACCUGUACGUGAUCAGCCAGCCGUGGCUUUAUACUCUGGCCUGGUGCGCCGGAGCUCAGUCUGUCACCACCAACUCAAUCCACAUUCUGUCCAACAUCAACAAACCUCUCUUCCUCAUGACUCCGGAGGAAUACAGCUUAAUGUGGAUCGUCACUGAUUUUGCGUCUGCCUUCCUCAUCUUUGCGAUUUUCAUCUUCCACUGGUGGAGAGAGAGAGGCCUCCCCUUCUGGUCCGGCAGCAGUCAGACUCAGGAGAACGGACCGUACAGUAAAUUCAGGACAGAGAUGAGCGACGUGUGGUCCAUCUCCAGCGUCGGCGUCCGGCCCGACCUCCGCAGUGCCCCUGGUUCACCCAGCACCCCUCACCUGCCCACCAUCACAGAGGAGUGAUGGAGGGGGCCGGAUCACAGGCAAGAAAACGGCGUAAAAUUUCAGAUUUGAUCUUAAAUAAGUAGAAAAGUGGAGGGAGGACAACGUAGACGGCCAUUUUUGGGGACAUAGAGACAAAAAGACUCGAUUCACCUGCUGAUCUGACGACACAGAAAGACCCGCCCACCGUCCAUCCCACCAGCUGAGCUCAACGACUCGACGUCUGCUGUACCGACCCAACAUCCUGAAUACCAAAUGAUAUCCGGAUCUAUAUAUUUUACGCACAAACUAUAGUUUUUACUGUCAGACGUAUCGGGUUCAACCACAUCUUAAAGGAGACCUGUUUUAUUUUCUAAAGAACGGACCGACCUCUGGGCUUUUAUUUUUUUAAUUUCAGAACGAAGUUUGCUUUAUUUUUUUUUCACAACAUGACCUCAAAUCUGAUGUGUGUGUGAGGAUUGUAACGAGCCGAGCUAACGCAUGUUGCCGCAGUUUUAGUUUUCAGAUCAUCUUUAGAGUCCGGUGCUUUUAACGUCGAGCAGAAGAAACGACUGAUGUUAAGCUGAGGGCACAAAGAGGGGUUUUUAUGAUUUGUCUGGAAGCGAGGGUCUCCUUUAACCUGUUCUCUGUGUUUGUGCGACAGAACGAAUGUAAACCUGAGACUUGAGAGGAGUUUGUGUUUCUGUUUCGUCCUAAACUGAAUGUAUCUGUGAGAAAAGCCAUGCUGCUCAGGAGCACCGGGGUCGUUUCAGGACGGGCGGGAGUUGUUUUUGUUUUUACUGGAAAAUUGUGCCAAUUAAAAAAAAACCAAGCUGCUCUGAGAUUCCUAAGAAAAAGAAACUGAAAACAUUAAUCAGGAGCUGUCUCUAUUUUUAACGUAAAGCUGAUUAGUGCCAGAUUUCUGUGCCAUGUUGGAGAAGUAGAAGUGCCAUUUAAAAACGAAAAAUAUCCAUAAAAUCUGUAUAACGAGAAGUCUGGUUGGGAAAUAUUCAUCUGCUGUCAGAAGUUUCUGUAAUUUUUUUUUAAAUCUACAAAACCUAGAAAUUAGAUGAAUAAUCUCUUAGCAAACGCAACCUAGCUAACGUUCCGUACCGUGGUUUGAUCGUGGUUAGCACUUAGCUGUAAAAUAUUUGUGUUAAGAAUAGCUGAUCUUUUAGGCUAAGCAUCGAAGCUACAGCUCUGCUCAGCUGUAUUUAUUCUAUUGAAUAUGAUUGUUUUUUUUUUCACCGUGCGACCGUUCGUUUUUAGCGAGCGAGUCUGGUGUGUGUUUCUUUUUCCCCUCUGCGCAGAGAUGCUUUGCAUUUUGAGCCUGGCAUGUGUUGGAUUUGUUGCGCCGGUUAUUUUGCUGACACGGACAAAUUUGAAUGAAUUUUCUUCUCACAAUGAAAUAAACAUUCGUCUCAAAUAACA